AUGACCACCAACGACGACAUCACCAUCAACGCCCUGCGGCACUACACGGCAUGCGACGUUUCCGAUGCUCUUCUCAAGCUCAAGGUCGCCAAUGCCGGCUUCAUCCCGGACCUCUCUCUCUACACCACUCCUGACCCCUCCUCGUCACCCCCCGUAGUCACUAUCGCCCCCGUGUCGACAGUCCUGUUCGCUCCAAAGAGCGCCACUCCCGCUGCCCGCCCCUCCAACCUCCCGGAUCCUAACAUCCCCAAGGAUGUCCACUGGGCAGAUCUCACUCAGCCUGACACCCUGGUCGUCCUUCAGCAGCCUCCAUCCCAGGCCAACGCCAUCUGCGGUGGUAUCAUGGCCCUCAGGAUCAAGGUCCUCCGGGCCAAGGGCAUAGUCGUCGCCGGGAGGAUUCGCGACCUCACCGAGCUGCAGAGCACAGGCUUACCCGUUUGGGCGCGCGGAACGUCCACUGUUGGUGCCGGUGGAGGAAGCACACCCUGGGCUACUCAAGUCCCGCUCGACAUUGACGGCACUGCUGUGGCGCUAGGGGACCUGGCUGUGUGUGAUUCCGUCAACGGCGUCGUUGUCAUCCCCCGAGAUAGGGUGCAGCAGGUCCUCGAGCUGCUCCCCAAGCUCACUUCGGCUGACGAUAAGGCCAAGGAGGACGUUGCCAAGGGUGUGCCUGUCUAUGAGGCCUUCAAGCGACACAGAGGCAAUUUGUAA